CAGUGCGUGUCGGGGAGCCGGAGCGCGGGUGUGGUGUGCGUGUCGGGGAGUGCGAGCAUGCGUGUGUGUGCGCGAGUGUGAGAGUGAGCGGCAGACCUUCCAUAUGGACUAACAUCCUGAGAUGCUGGAGGUGGGGAACCUGUGCUGUGUGGACACACGAAGGCUGCUACACAGUGUAGCUCGGACGCUGUGAGUUUCAAGAAUCUGGUGAAAGGGAGAGAGUGGACAAUGAAAAUGGACAUGGAGGAUGCUGACAUGACUCUGUGGACGGAAGCUGAUUUUGAAGAGAAGUGCACAUACAUUGUAAACGACCACCCGCUGGAUCCCAGUGCCGACGGAGGCACCCUAACUCAGGCAGAGGCUUCCUUGCCAAGGAACUUGACUUUCAAAUAUGCAUCUAACUGCAAAGAGGUCACUGGAGUUAUAAGCAAAGAGUACAUCCCAAAAGGAACGCGCUUCGGACCCCUGAUAGGAGAGAUCUAUACCAGCGAUACAGUUCCCAAGAAUGCGAACAGAAAAUACUUUUGGCGGAUCUAUUCAAGUGGUGAGCUUCACCACUUCAUUGAUGGAUUUAACGAGGACAAGAGCAACUGGAUGCGUUAUGUAAACCCUGGCUACUCUGUUCAGGAACAGAACUUGGCUGCUUGUCAGAAUGGAAUGAACAUCUACUUCUACACCAUCAAGCCCAUCCCUGCCAACCAAGAGCUGCUUGUGUGGUAUUGCCGAGACUUUGCAGAGAGGCUGCACUAUCCCUCCUCCAGAGAGCUGACAAUGAUGAACCUCACACAAACCCACGGGAAUCCAAAGCAGCACAGCGCUGAUAAAGAUGAGCUUUAUCAGAAAAGCGUCCCAAAGAAGGAGCACAGCGUGAAAGAAAUCCUGAAAAUGGAAUCCAACCCUCCAAAGGGAAAAGACUUCUUCCAGAGCAACAUUUCACCAGUUACUCCAGAAAAAGACUUGGACGAUUUGCGUAAGAACUAUAGCCCGGAGAGGUGUUUCUUCCCUCGAGUUGUUUACCCGAUCCGACCUCACAUUCCAGAUGACUAUCUGAAAGCUUCCCUAGCAUACGGGAUGGACAGACCCAGCUACAUUACUCACUCACCCAUCCAGACGUCUACUACACCGAGUCCUUCCGGGAGGAGCAGCCCAGACCAAAGCUUAAAAAGCUCCAGCCCCCACAGCAGUCCGGGGGUCACGGUUUCCCCUCUGGCACCCCCUUCCCAAGAGCACAGAGAGCCGUACUCCUACUUGAACGGAUCCUACGGCUCGGAAGGAUUGGGGUCUUACCCUGGCUAUGCACCCCCUGGCCACCUCCCGCCUGCCUUCCUGCCAUCCUAUAACCCUCACUAUCCCAAAUUCCUGUUACCUCCGUUCAAUAUGAGCUGUAAUAACCUGAGCGCAUUGAACAAUAUCAACGGCAUCAACAAUUUCAAUCUCUUCCCAAGGAUGUAUCCUCUCUAUGGCAACCUGAUCAGCGGGGGCAGCCUUUCCCACCACAUGCUGAACCCCACCACCCUCCCCAGCUCACUGCCCAGCGAAGGAGGCCGUCGCCUGCUGCAGCCUGAUCAUCCCCGAGACUUCCUCAUCCCAGCCCCCAACAGUGCCUUCUCUAUCACGGGCGCUGCUGCCAGCAUGAAGGACAAGCCGUGCAGCCCCACCAGCGGCUCACCCACAGCUGGCACAGCAGCCAGUUCAGAACACAUAAUGCAACCUAAACCUACCUCAGUGGUGUUGGCUGCCACGGGCGGUGAAGAAGCCAUGAAUCUCAUUAAAAGCAAGAGGAAUGUGACUGGGUACAAGACCCUCCCAUACCCACUGAAGAAGCAGAACGGGAAGAUCAAGUACGAAUGCAACGUUUGCUCCAAGACCUUCGGCCAGCUCUCCAAUCUCAAGGUGCACCUCCGAGUACACAGCGGGGAGAGACCAUUUAAAUGCCAGACUUGCAAUAAAGGCUUCACGCAGCUGGCUCACCUCCAGAAGCACUAUCUGGUACACACGGGAGAAAAGCCCCACGAGUGUCAGGUUUGUCACAAGCGGUUUAGCAGCACCAGCAAUCUCAAAACCCACCUGCGGCUCCACUCUGGAGAGAAGCCUUACCAGUGCAAGCUCUGCCCAGCCAAAUUCACCCAGUUCGUGCACCUGAAGCUGCACAAGCGGCUCCACACCCGGGAACGGCCCCACAAGUGCAUCCACUGCCACAAGAGCUACAUUCACCUCUGCAGCCUCCAGGUCCACCUGAAGGGCAACUGUCCUGCCGCCCCUGCCUCCGGCCUCUCCGUGGAGGACCUGAACCGCAUCAACGAGGAGAUCGAGAAGUUCGACAUCAGUGACAAUGCCGACAAGCUGGAAGAGGUGGAGGACAAUAUCGACUUGACAGCCAUCGUGGAGAAGGACAUACUGACCGUGCUCAGGAGGGAGAUGGAAGGAGCCAACCUGAAAGUAUCCCUGCAGAGGAACCUGGGAAACGGACUUCUCUCCUCAGGGUGCAACCUUUACGAGUCGUCGGAUAUGUCAAUUAUGAAGUUGCCUCACGGUCACCCACUACCUCUGUUACCUGUAAAGGUCAAGCAAGAAACAGUUGAACCAAUGGACCCUUAAGGACUUCUUUUUUUUUUUUUUUUGGUGGC